AUGGCGCAUCCACUCGCUAUCCUCUCCGCAGCGGAGACUAAUUUGGCCCGCGACGUUGUCAAGGACGCUCACCCCGAUACCGUCAUUGAUUUCCGAGAGAUAUUCCUGCAGGAACCCCCCAAGGCGCAUCUUGUCGAAUUCUUAGCUCUCGAGCAUGCCGGUCGCUUGAGCCCAACAACUCCUCGUCCGCCUCGUCUGGCUUUGUGCCAGUAUGACGUGAUUGGUGCCGACCGGAUCCCUCAGUUUCAUGAAUCCGUGAUCGAUGUGGUCUCUCGGACACGAGUCAAGCACAUAAUCGUCGGAAAGCAGCAUCAUGCCAGCCUUACGCUGAACGAAUUCGAUGUCUUAGUGGAUCGGUGCAUGAGUUCCCCGUUGUUCCAACAGGCACUCGCAGAGUUCCAGCUGCCAGAAGGGUUCGAGGUUGUUAUUGAGCCGUGGCCGUAUGGCGGUCUCGAUCACACCGAUGAGAACCGGCGAUUUUUCCAGGCCCUUUGCUUUGCGCAGGAUAAGCGAUCGGGCAAUGGAGAUUCCAAUUUUUACUCCUAUCCUUUGCCAAUGAUCCCGGUGAUGGAUGCCCACACACAAGAGAUCAUUCGCGUUGAUCGGCCUGCAACUGGCGGCAAAGAUGACGGACUGUUGGAACAGACUUUCAAGCGGGAUAUCAUCGGGCACUGCAAGCCGUCAGAGUACGUGCCGGAACUCCUCUUAGAUGGUACUCGCAAGGACCUCAAGCCGUUGAACGUCGUUCAGCCCGAGGGCCCAUCUUUCCGGGUCACCAACGAGUCUCUUGUAGAGUGGCAGAAGUGGCGAUUCCGCGUGGCAUUUAACCCUCGUGAAGGUGCCACCAUUCACGACAUCUGGUAUGAUGGUCGCAGUGUCAUGCAUCGUCUGGCGGUCAGCGAAAUGACCGUGCCCUACGCAGACCCACGACCACCAUUCCAUCGUAAACAAGCCUUCGAUUUUGGAGAUGGUGGCGGUGGCAAUAUGGCCAACAAUCUCUCCCUGGGUUGCGACUGUCUAGGUGUCAUCAAAUACUUCGAUGCCGUGAUCACUCAGCCUGAUGGCACUGCUCAAGCUCUGCCCAAUGCCAUUUGUCUUCAUGAACAGGACAAUGGCAUCGGUUGGAAACAUUCGAACUGGCGCACAGGCCGUGCAGUCGUCACACGCCACCGAGAACUGGUCGUCCAGUUCAUUAUUACUUUGGCUAAUUACGAAUACGUUUUCGCCCACAAAUUCGACCUAGCUGGUGGAAUCAUAGUGGAGUGCCGGGCAAGUGGGAUUCUGAACGUUGUGAACAUCGAUGCUGGCAAGGUCAGUGAGUACGGCAACGUGGUGAGUGGCGGUGUUCUGGCUCAGAACCACCAACACAUUUUCUGCGUCCGGAUCGAUCCUGCUGUCGACGGUCAGAAGAAUUCGGUGGUGGUGGAAGAGUCCCACCCGGUGCCCAUGAACGCGGUGACCAAUCCCAACGGAAACUUCUACCGGGUGACAAAGAAGACGGUGGAGCGUGCUUCCUGGAUCGAUGCAGCUCCGCAAUUGAACCGGACGAUCAAAAUGAUCAACCCGCACAAGACAAACCCCAUUAGCGGGAAUCCUGUGGGGUACAAGUUCAUCCCACUGGCAACUCAAACGUUGCUGGCAGAUCCGGAGUCGGUUCAAGCACGACGGGCUCAGUUUGCCCAGCAUCACGUCUGGGUGACCAAAUUCCGCGAUGGCGAGCUAUACGCUGGAGGUAGAUAUACCCUGCAAAGUCAGAACGAAGUCGAAGGGGUAGCCGAUGCCGUUCGUCGAGGUGACGCCGUUGCCGAUACUGAUGUCGUUGUCUGGAACUCAUUCGGUAUCACUCACAACCCUCGAGUCGAAGACUGGCCCGUGAUGCCGGUGGAAAUUUUCCAACUGAUGAUUCGUCCUGCGGAUUUCUUCACCGCCAACCCUUCGAUCGAUGUUCCGUCCAACAAGAAUGGCUCGUCGAGGCUGGCAGACGCGGAAUGUUGCCGCAAAGCACAUAUUUAG